AUGUGGAUAAAAUCCAAGACGGACGCGCGCGGGACGACGCGCGCGCGAUCGGGGCGAGUCGCGGCCGAGGGACGCGCGAGAGGCGCGCGGGAGACGGGCGCGACGCGCGGCGCGCGCGCGGCGACGACGGGGGAGGAGGCGACGGCGACGGGGGGGGCGGCGACGGCGACGCGCGAGGACGGCGACGCGGCGACGAGGGAGGCGACGACGGAGGCGACGACGGCGACGAGCGCGCGCGAAACGACGAGGAAGAGCGAUAAAGAGGCGGUGGUGCUGGCGGUGAGCGCGCUCGCGGUGGGGGCGGAGGUGGUGGCGCUCGGCGGACCGGCGACGGCGACGGCGACGGCGCGGGACGCGCUCGCGGGCGCGGCGCGCGGCUUGAUCGCGAACCACGCGCCGGGCGUGGGCGGGAUCAUCGAGGAUGGAUUUUUGGGAUUACUCACGGUGGGGACGGUGUACGCGCUGUGGCGCUCGUCGGUGAUUCCGCGACCGAUCGGGAAUCCCAUCGCGCGCAAGUCGAGAACGAACGCGAGUUGGAUUCACGUCGUCACCGGCGCGGGGGGGCUCGCGAUGGCGCUCUACGCCGUUGGGUUGGAGCGAAUCUAUCGUGAAAGUCCGGGAUGGACGUGGAUGUGGGUGUCGAGCGCGAUGUUCAUGGCCAACGCGCUUUCGUACGGGCCUCUGAUGAAUAUUUUCAAGGCGAGCAAGGAGGGCAAGUACGCGAUGCAGCUCGGGUACUCGUUCGUCGCGUCUUUCCAAGGCGUGGUUUGGAUCGCGUGGAGCGCUCAACCCGAUGCGCCGGAGUGGAUGUUUUGGGCCGUGAUGCCCUAUUGGUACUUUUCAUUGGCCAAGCUUUGGGAGUCCACUGAAUUUGUGUUGGCUUUGACGCCCAAGCCCGCCGACGCGGAUGGGUUGUGGGCCAAGGUGACGUCGGGGUCGCGCAAGCGUCUCGGUCGUAUGUCGCCCGACGCUGCGACGUUAACUUACGUCGGCUUGAAUGCAGCCGCGGCCGUGUUUGAUAACUGCUACAUGGCGUUGUACACUUUGCUCGGGCCCGAGCAAUUUUGGCACACGUCGCAAGCUUUCAACGACAGCGAUUUUCAUCUGCGUCUCGUGAAAGGGACGACGGGAUCUCUCACCGUGGCUUUGCUCAUUUUCAUCUCCACCCUCGGAUGGAGGAAGCAGAUGCCGAUGAAGUACGCGAUUUGGCUUAACGUCGUUCUCGGCUCGGUCGGACCUUGGAUUGUGCUCUUCUGGCACAAACUCCUCGAUCCGUCGGAGAUGUGGUUUCCACAAUUCGUCUUCGACCCCGAUUUCGCUUACCACGCAUAUUUGAAUCCGUCAAUGUCGUUAUUCGGUCGCUAG